AAGUCGAGUAUGUACCGCUGUAGCCUCAGUGUAUUCUGAACGUUACUAGUGUACGGUGACCCUUGGAAAGAAAAAAAAGUGCGUUUUUUUAUUAUACCAACGAUGACAGACAGCAAGAUCCUCGAGCCAGGCAAGGUGAUCCGUCCAGAGAUCGACCAUGAGGGAGUCAAACUGCUCGCCGAACGCCUCUACGGCAUCUCAGUUCUGGAACUGACAGAACUAAACGGUUACGACGACAAGAACUACAAGAUCAUAGAAGACCCUAACGUCAAGAACCCGCUGAUCACCAACCACAGUCCCAAUGGCUACGUCUUGAAGAUUAUGAACUCUAUGGACUCGCAGAACGUCGAUGUUGUCGAAGCCCAGAACGAGAUUAUGAAUUUCUUGUUCACCCGCCACGUGACAUGUCCGAAGCCAGUCCGCAACGUGUACGGACACCUGCACUCCAUCGAGACCAUCAACGGGAAGCAGCACGCAGUGAGGCUGCUGGAGUACGUGCAGGGAGACACCAUGAAGGACGCGCCCAAGUCGGAGGCGCUGUUCUACCAGCUGGGGGAGUUUGUUGCUAAUCUGGACAAUAAGCUUCAGAACUUCAACCACUCUGGGCUGGUCUCGAGGGAACACAUCUGGAUGCUGAGCAAGGUGCCCGACCUGGACAAGUUCAAGUACGUCAUCAAGGAUGGGGAGAAGCUGGACCUCGCUGAGGAGGUAAUAGAAGAGUUCAAGUACGCCGUGGUGCCCCAAUUCGAAGAAUUGGAGAAGGGUGUGAUCCACGGAGACGUGAACGAGAUGAACGUGAUCGUGGAACGCAAGCCUGGCGGCGGCUCGUCAGAAUACCGCAUAGCUGGCAUCAUCGACUUCGGUGACAUCCAGUACUCCUACUACGUGUUCGAGCUGGCUAUCACGAUGACUUACAUGAUGCUGAUGACGGGUGACCCUCGCACCGGCGGUUACGUACUGGCUGGUUACACUGUCAAUAGACGCCUGCCUGACCACGAGUACCGGCUACUGAAGACACUGAUCUCUUCGCGUCUAGUCCAGAGUUUGAUCUUGGGGGCGUACACCCUCGAACAAGACCCGAAGAACACCUAUGUAAGUUCCACUGAGAAGGCGAACGGUUGGGAACUGCUGAAGAAGAUCCGGAAGACCAAGCCCAGCGCUGAGGAGAUCGACCCCACUGAUUGGAAGACCAUCGCCAAUGAUUACCUGACAAGAAGCUAGAGGGAUCGGAAGAAUGUGUUACUCCUGUGAGCUAACUGCAGGUAGACUUUGCAGGGACCUCUCAGUUGCGUGUUUAUUCAUUUUCUACAUAGCGUUAAACUUAACGUCACAUCCAUGUUAGAGUUACGACUGUGAUUCUUGAUUAAUGAUUCUUCUUCUAUCGUUAUUUUGAGAGGUUCACAACCUUCAAAACGACGAUGGUCGACCUCAUCAGCCCUCAUCACCAUCAACCCUGAUGACUAUUGAGCCGCGAAAGGCCCCUGACGUUCAUGUAACGACUACAUACGUAUAUACUUCAGUAGCCGAAACCAAUGGCUUAACGCCAGAUCAGGGGGGUUAAAAUGGCCACAUUGAAGCAAUUCAUCUAAGAAAGCAAAAUUGCUUUAUGACAUUUGCGCAUAUAAAAGUAAGUGCGCAAUGCAAAUAGCAAUAUUGCUUUCUUAGAUGAAUUGCUUCUAUGUGGCCAUUUUAACCUCCCUGACAGUCAUGAGAUUUCAGCUGCAAUUCUCUUAAUAAGAAGUGUCUUUUUAAUUCGCAUGCUAUGUAGUUAUGUGAAACUUAUAAUUGUAUUCAAUCUAAAGUAAUUAAUUAAGUAGUUAUUUUGUCAAUUAAGAAUUAAAUAUGUACAGUAUUACGAGAAUAUUAUGUACGGUCACGAGUACUAAUAUGUAUACACUUCGAAACCAUGUCACAUUAACUUUUUUGACAAAUUACACCGUAAGUCUCAUUAAAUGUCAAAUAUGAUAGUGCGACAGGGUUCUAAAGUGGGUACAUGAUAUUGCUCAUGACUGUACCUAUAAUAUUUUUUUAGAUUUUCGUAGGUGUUAGUAAGUUCGAAAAGUCAAAUUAUUGAUAUAAUUGUAUUUUGAAAAUUAUAUUUAUCAGUAUUGACUGUAAAGUUUAAUAUUUAAUUAAAAGUAAAGACUGUGUA